UCUGUGUGAUCGUAUUAAAUAAAUAUAUUUAUUCUAACCUUUUAGUGAGAUUAUUUUGCAUAUAAGAUUUACGUUUUACUUGACUUCUAGUUAAAUGUAGUUGACGCUUUGCACUUAUAACUAAAUCUGUGAUAUUCUAUUUAUAUAAUAAUGAGAACUUGACAAGAUAUUAAAAAGCAAAAGUGAUGUAUCUAGAGAUUAAUAUAAGCCGAUAACCGAUGCGAAUAAUGGCAGUGUUUUACUGUGCAGAAGUUAAGUUUUUUAUGGAAAUGAAAAUAUACUGUCAAAAUCUUUGAGCAACAUUUUGGCAUUUUCACCACUAAUAUGGGUGAUAAAGAAUGUCCUGUGUAUGGAGGUAUGCACAAUAUUCCUGAAAAAACUAAUCAAGUGUCUUACAGACAAAAUGAUUAUUUGCAACUCCAUGUUAAACAAGCUAAGAAUGAUUACCCAACAAGUCCAAGUGAAAUGUGCAUUUCAGCCUAUUGUUGAGUGGACAUCUAGUAAUGUCAUCGAAUGGAUGGCAGCCUUAAACUUAUAUAGAUAUGCAGAUGUAUUUAAAUCUAAGGAUAUCAAAGGAACUGAUUUGGUCAAUUUAGAUAAAGAGAAGCUAAUGAGUAUGGGAAUUAAAGAUGAAUUUCAUCAGAAAGCAAUUCUAACAUGCAUUGAAGAGCUUUGUAAGAAUAAUCAGCCUAUUAGGACCAUUUCUCCCGCCUCAGAUCAAGUCGAUCAAAAAGACGGCCCAUCGCACCGUUUACUAGAACAUAGUUUUUCUACUUUAGAACGUUGUGAUAAGUGCAAUAAAUAUCUUAGAGGACUUCUUCAUCAAGGUUUUAUUUGUAAAGAUUGUGGACUGGUAGCCCAUAGAACUUGUAGUGCAACGAACCUGUCACCUUGUCCAUCUCCGGGAUUAGAACGACAUGUCCGUUUCAAUUCAGUUUUUGGAUUGGCACUUUGUGGCCAAUUUAAUCCUAAGGAAUUAUCAGCACCUAAACUUGUUAUCCUCUGUGUACAAGAAAUAGAAUCUAAAGCAAUUAGUAACAAUUCUCUAGAUCUUUACAAGCUUUAUAGAUCUAUGCCGCCCUCAGAUCAACUUGCCGAACUGAGGCAAAAAAUCAAUGAAGAUCUCAGUAAAGUGGAAUUUUCAGAUUUUUCUCCAUAUUGUGUAGCAACUAUUCUCAAAAAGUUUUUAAGGGAAUUACCUGAUCCAGUGAUACCAGUUCAAUGGUAUGAUAGAUUUUUGGAGGCAUCGCGUCUCAAAGAUGACCAGUUUAUUGCUUGUCUUUCGCGUCUGGUGUCUGAUCUACCUGAGCAUCACAGGAGCACACUUCAUUACUUGAUGGCUCAUUUCUGUAGAAUAUGUCAAUUUCAACACAAGCGAGGCUGUAAAGAGCCUCCAACAAUACUUGUUCAAGUUCUAUGCCAUAUAUUUUUACGACCUCCCUGGGAAAGGAUAAUACAAGUGGUUUACAAUACUGAGGCACAUAUUCGCAUAAUGGAGUUUCUUCUAUUAUAUGGCGAUUGGGGUGAGAGGUUGCCUGAAUUUGCUUCUGCGCCUGCUCUUCCUCCUCGAAAAGUUUCAAGAGUUGGGACAAACCCCUUCACCAUUUCUGAAACUGAAUCUACUUCUAUUACUUCUUCACAAUCUUUAUUAGACGCGGAAUGGUACUGGGGUGACAUUACAAGAGAUGAAGUUAAGGAGAAAUUAACUGAUACACCUGAUGGCACUUUUCUAGUUCGAAAUGCUUCAAAUAAAAAUGGGGAAUACACCUUGACAUUGAAGAAAGAUGGUGCAAAUAAAUUAAUUAGGAUUUGUCACAGAAAUGGAAAAUAUGGUUUCUCAGAACCAUUUACAUUUUCAUCAGUUGUUGAACUCAUUCAAUUCUAUAGAAAUGUUUCACUUUCACAAUACAAUCCUGGAUUAGAUAUUAAAUUGCUAUAUCCAGUUUCUCAUUUUAAUCAAGAAGAAGAGACAGCUUCCACAACUGAUUUAACAAAGUUAGCUACCAAAUUGCUUGAUAUCCAUAAUGAUUAUGUUUCAAAAACUAAGAUGUUUGAAGGCCUAUCAGAAGAUUUUAGUAGAAUUGCACAUGAAGUAAACCUUAAAAAACAAGCUUUGGAAGCAUUUACAGAAGCAGUUAACAUGUUUGAGGAUCAAAUAAAACUACAAGAACGUUUUCAAAAGGAAGCACAGCCACAUGAGAUUAAAAGUCUUGUUGAAAAUCUCGACAUUUUAAAACAGCGAUUAAUUUCAUUGCGGGAAAGUAGACGUCAUUUGCAAGAAGAUGUUCAGCAACAAGUUGCAUACCACAGAACAUUAGAUAGAGAAAUGACUUGUUUGAAACCUGAUAUUUUGAAUCUCCACAAGCAACGUGAUAAACAUCAAAAUUGGUUGAAAUCACGUGGCAUAAAAGAGAACCGCAUCAAACAAUUACUCGAAGAAGGGCUGAAGGCUUGGUCAAAUGAAGAAGAUUGCUGGUCCGAUGUUGAUUCAUUGCCUCAUCAAGAUGAAAAUACUUGGAGAUUAUUGGAUUGUUCAAGAGUACAUGCAGAACGACUUCUCAAAGACCAUCCAAAUGGGACAUUUUUAGUUAGACCAAGCCGCACAGGGUUGUUUGCAUUAUCCAUAAUGUGCAAUGACGUUGUCAAUCAUUGCAUUAUAUAUGCCACUGAAAGAGGAUAUGGUUUUGCAGAACCUUAUAAUAUAUAUGAGUCUUUGAAGGCUUUGGUUUUACACUAUGCACACAAUUCCCUAGAGGAACAUAACGAUUCACUUAAAACUACAUUAAAGUAUCCAAUCUUCAGCAAAUCACAUGUUAUAUAUGGAGAAAUAGUUUACAAGUUAUAAGUACUUGCCCUGAUAAAUCUCUGCGAUAUAUAGAUUAUUAUUGUGUAAUAUUUUGAAGAAUUUUAUAUCAUUACUAUAUAAUGAAUAAAGUGCCAGUUAGAAGUACAUGUUAAUAAGACUUAACACAAAUUUAUCAUAACCGUGAAUUUUAUAUAUGUGCGUGAAACAAAUAAUGAUAUAUGAAAUAAUUUGUCUUAAAUCUUAAUAACUUCUUUAAGAAUUGGCUGAAAUAUAUGUUUAUAUUGAAAUCAUGUG